AUGAAUCUCCAAUAUGUUGUGGUUACAAGAGCUGAAAUAGAAUACAGGGCAUAUUGCCAGAUGGCAAAAUCAAAGGAAAUCCAACUGGAUGAGAGGGAUGAUGCUUGGGAGCUUAAGAAAGAAGAACUUUUGAAAAAUAAACCCUUCUCUCCAAAGAAACAUGAAACACAAGAUGCACGGAAAGGAUGGUGUGCUAAUUCCUUCAAGAAAACUUAUUGGAUCAGGAGGACAGCAGAACAUGAAGGUAAAUCAAAACAAACUCAAAAAGAGAUAGAAGGGUACUCCUUAGAUGAAGGAAGACCUAGGCAAGGCAUCCUUGAAAUCAAUGCAGACCUGAAUACCAAGGGUGUCAUAUUGCAAGCAUUUGAGAUGUUUCGACUCAAGUCUUGCAUUGACUUUAAGCCCUAUGAAGGAGAGAAGUCCUAUCUCCAAUUUGAAAAGCUGGAUGGAUCAGCAACAGGAAAGAAGUUCUUUGAAGGUGACAUUAUCAUGCCGCUUGACAGAAAUGCACUGAGGAACGAAUCCUACAGAUGGAAACUUCCAAUUCCGUACAAAAUGGGCAACAGUAUAGACCUGAAUACCAAGGGUGUCAUAUUGCAAGCAUUUGAGAUGUUUCGACUCAAGUCUUGCAUUGACUUUAAACCCUAUGAAGGAGAGAAGACCUACCUCCAAUUUGAAAAGCUGGAUGGAUGCUGGUCUUAUGUGGGAGAUCUUCAGAAUGGCCAAGUCGUUUCUAUUGGAUCACGCUGUGAAUAUAAAGAUACUGUGGAGCAUGAAGUCUUGCACGCCCUUGGAUUUUAUCAUGAACAGUCACGCACUGAUCGAGAUGACUAUGUUAAGAUUUGGUGGAAUGAAAUCAUUGAUGGUCAGGCAUAUAAUUUUGACAAAUAUGAUGACAGUUUCAUUUCUGAUUUAAACACUCCAUAUGAUUAUGAAUCUGUCAUGCAUUAUGGACCUUAUUCAUUCAAUAAGAACAGUUCUGUCCCUUCAAUUACAACAAAAAUUCCAGAAUUCAACAAUGUCAUUGGGCAAAGCCAGGAUAUGAGCAAGAUAGAUCUAGAGAGGCUUAAUCGCAUGUACCAUUGUGAGAAGCAGUGGAACUUUGCAAACAUUCCAUUCAGCAGCCAGACCAAAUUCCGCUAUGUUUUUCAUGGCCUUAAAGGAGACCCACAGAAUUCCAAAGGAGGAAUUCACAUUGAUGAUGUCACUCUGACUGAAACGCAAUGUCCGACCAGCGUUUGGCAGAUAAGAAACUUCACUUCCAUUUUAAAGAGUUCCUCAAAAGGAGAUUAUCUGCCAAGCCCUAUGUUUUAUAACUCUGAAGGCUACUGCUUUGUGCUCAGUCUGUAUCCCCGUGGUGCACACAACUCAAAUGGAGAUUACCUAGGAAUCAUGUUUUCUUUAUGUAGUAGCCAGAAUGAUGGAGCAUUGGAGUGGCCAGCUGGGAACAGACAAGUGACAUUCACCAUAGUGGAUCAAAAUUCUGACAUCACCCAAAGGAUGUCAGCAAGCCGGAGUUUUGUUACAGAUCCCAAUCAGCGCUACAAUGGCAAACUUUUUUGGGAUAAGGCCGACAUUACUGGAACUUUUGAUCCUUUCUAUAAGACCCGUAUAGGCCCAGGAUGGGGAUGGCAUUACAUCUUGCCAUAUAGUGAAUUGUAUCGGAAGAAUUUUCUUAAAAAUGGAAAUCUCAUCAUUUUUGCAAAUUUUGAAGUUAUCCAUGAUCCAGGUAGUGUUUUAUAAAUCCUUGGAAUUCUUGACAAACAAAUGUACAUCUCCUCUGCUUCCAUCAGCUAUCCCGAACAAUUUCUGAUAGUUGGCCUGUGGAUUCACGUUUACCAGCCCUGUUCUCUUGAAAGCACAAGU